CAAAACUAGCUAGCUGCUACAAUAAUCAAGCAAUUAAAGAUGAAAGUUUUGGCUCUAGCCUUGCUCUUGUUGCCCUUCUUGGCCUCGUUUCUCCGUCAUUUCGGGCCGCCGGAAACAGGGGAAGCAGAUGGGCCAUGCGAGAGCGUGAGCUCAAUCAUCAGCCGUCAGAUGUUCGAGGAAAUGCUUAAACACCGCGGCGAUCUCAGGUGCCCCGGCAGCUUCUACACUUACGAUGCGUUCAUCGCCGCCGCAGAGGUGUUUCCCGGCUUUGGAAGAACCGGCACCCUCGACAUUUGCCGGCGAGAACUUGCGGCCUUCUUCGGCCAGACUUCUCAUGAGACCAGAGGUGGUUGGAGUGGUGCACCUGAUGGGAAAUACUCUUGGGGAUAUUGUUGGAUCGAACAACUAUCUCCACCGUCCAUCUAUUGCAACACCACAUAUGUCAAAUAUCCCUGUACCGCAGGCAAAAGAUACCAUGGUCGCGGCCCAAUUCAACUCACCUGGAACUUCAACUACGGGCGGGCCGGGCAAUAUCUGGGUUUGGACCUGCUCAACGACCCAGACACAGUGAAGAAGAACGCAACGAUCGCCUUCAUGACAGCAAUGUGGUUCUGGAUGACAACGCAGCCGCCGCGACCAUCAUGUCACGACGUGAUCACCGGGCAAUGGAUCCCUUCAAGCAACGAUACUGCGGCGGGCCGCCUGCCAGGCUUCGGCGUCAUCACCAAUAUCGUCAACAGAGGGGAGUGUGGUCAUGGCUACGACAGUCGAGCUGCCAGCCGAAUAGGCUUCUAUGAGCGUUACUGUCACAUAUUGGGCACAGAUAUGGGGAACAAUUUGGACUGCUAUAAUCAGGAACCUUUCGGUUGGGAGUAUGUUGACCCGAUCCCGGCUCAACCCAUGCUUUGACCACAUUUAGAAACUGAAGGAGUUUUUAUCUAAUACUUACAUAUUAGAUAAAUAAGAGCAGUUAAGUUUAAUUAUUAUAUAAUGGUAGACAUGAUGGUCACGUCCAUGCAGUUUGAGUUUCCUAAAGUUGUGGAAGCGUGUAAUAAUUUUCUUAGA